UGCCGUCUAUGGGGUCGCACAGAGUCGGACCCGACUGAAGCGACUUAGCAGCAACAGCAGCAGCAAUGUAAAGGAAGGGACUCCUGAGGGCUCAAAGUAUGACCUGGUGCUGGAAGGCUUCCAUGCAAUCUGAAAGCCUUGAUCACUCAUUGGACGGUGGUCAUGCCAAUCCUUGCCUCCUGGCAAAUGAGCUUAGAGCUGGCGCUGGAGGAAGUGGUCGUGGUUGACCCUUCCAGCUCCACCUACCGUCGCCAGCCCAUCAGGGUCUUUCCCGCCUUGUCCACUGCCAGCUCAGCUUCGGUCUUGGUGGGCCGGUCUGCGGGCCACCCCCUCACCAUUCCUGUUGUGGGGCCCACACCAGCAAGUCGCAGACUCCUGUUCCCUGUGCAGCCGACGUCUCUGCUGUCCCCACCCCCACCCCGCGGUCCCACUGCCAACAGCGUCUCCUCAGCGCAACACUCAGCCCUGCGGCCGCCAUCUUCCCCACAGACCUCACUGCAGGACGAUCACUGUCUGGCACGUCUCUCCUGCCAUGUCUGCCAUAGAGGAGCACUAUUGGAUCCCAGGUGGCCCGGAGAGAGCUGGUGGCGGGGCGGGCCGUGACCCCAGUCUCCUUGGGGUCCAAGCAUCUGCUUGGGAGGGGACGGAAGGAGUCGAGGAGGCCACGGCUCUUCUGGCUUCCUUGGAGGUCUCCAGAGCCCUUCCCGGGGAGCAGGGUUGGCCACAGGCCACUGUGGAAGAGGAAUGUGGUAGAGGGCCGUUAGAGGAGGAGGAGAUGGCGGAAGACGUAGAGAUGCAGGAGGACGAGGAAGAGGGUGAGAUUGACUUCGAUUUGGAGGACGUGGAGGAGGAGGAGCACCUGUCUGGAGAGGGCGAGGAAGAGGAGGACGACAGUGAGCAGGAGUGUGCGGCAGGGGUUAUAAGCCUUGGGUUCUGUGUAGAGACGUUUGGGCCCCUGUUCUCGACACAUGUCGACUCCUUGCUACACAAUUUCCAUGGCAACAAACAUGUCCUGUUCCGGCCUCCCACUGACCGCCUGAUGGCCAGGGGCCGCUCCCAGCCACCCUCGGAGCCUGGAGAAGGUCCGGUGCCUCCUCAGGAGCAGGAAGACGUGGGAGAGGGAGGCAGAGUCUUGCAGGGCCUAGACUCUGCUGCUGAUUUUCAGUUGGGAUAUUUUCCCUGCCAACUUUGGACCCCAAUGUCUGCAUCAUUCUGCCCCAAUGAUGAGGGUGAGGAUCAGUAUGAAAACACUGAUGAAGACGAAGAGGUUGGAAAUGAAAAACCUGAAGGACUCUAAAUGGAUGUGGUCUAAGCAAAGAGCAGCUCUGGAUAAUACAGUGGGAAGGCAGAGGAAGAAGCAGACAGCAAAGAAAAGAUGAAUCUGUUCUUCAUGGAUAUUCUUGUUUUCAUUAGCCUGAAAUACUAAUUUUGUUUCAAAGUUUCAACGCCCCAAAAUGAUAUUAACUAUUGACAUCUGACUUUACUCUUGCCUUUUACAGAAAAUUGAUAGUAUUGUUCACAUUGGAAAUAAAGCUUGUUUGAAAUUAAUUCUCCCUUAGCCCAGUCAAGUUGACACGAAAAUUAACCAUCAUAAUUCCUGUGGAGAAUACUCACCCUGUACAUUGCCCAUGAGAUGACAUACUUACAGGAUGAUGACCUUCCCCGUAUAACAAAGACAAUUUGAACAAGUCCUAGGUGUCAGGGUGCUCUAACAAACACAUUUGUUAACAAAUGUAUUUUCUUAAUUAAGAAUGAAAUGGAUAACAUGUUUAUAAAGUAGUCUUUCAAGGUAAGUUAGAGAAAAAGGUAUUCUAAAGGCCAGUGACUAGAGGCCCAUCCCUUUGUCUCAAUUUAUUCUGCUCCUGCCCAAGGUCAAGAUUGAUUAUCUCUAACUUGGAUCAUUAACAGCCUCAUUCUCUCUGAUUUUCUGCACUUUCACUAUGAUGUGUCUAGGAGUGAAUUUUUGUUUUUUAUCUUGCCUAAAACUCACUGAGGUUUUAGAAUCUGUGCUUUUCACUUGCUCUGAAAAAUCCUUGGCCAUCAUUUUCUUCCCCAUUUCUCUCUCCUGUCUUUCUGGGAUUUGAAUUAAACAUAUACUGUGUAUCUCUUAUCCUACUUUUUUUCAUAUUAAUUUAUUUCUCCAGGCAGAAUUCUGGAUGAUUUCUUCUACUCUAUCUUCCAAUUCAGUAAUUGUCUUAGGUUUAUUUUUCUUGAUUACAUUUAUCACGAUCUAAUGGUUAUGCCAAGUUUUAUUUAUUUAUUUAUUUUUUGCUGAGCUUCAUGGCUUGUGGGAUCUUCCUUUCUCGACCAGGGAUUAAAACCAAGCCACUGCAAAGCACAGUGAACGCAUGAGUCCUAAUGGCUGGAGACCAAGAGAAUUCAGUCUCUGCUGCUUUUUAUGAUUUUCUGUUCCCUGAAGAUAUUUUAAAACAUACUUUUUAAUUUUUUGAAAUAUGGGCCAUAGUGAUUAUACUCUACUCUUCAUUCUGGCUGUCACUUACAACAUAUGUUUUUUUCCUUCUGUGCCUACAUAAGGUACAGGGCUUGAAGUUCCUUGGAUCACUACAGUGAUGUAUAUCCAGGCUGCAAUUUAUUCCAGUGCUUGUUACUUGUGGUUCACUAUUACCUGAAAGGGGUAGUCACUUAUUUUCAGCUUAAAGUGGUGGCAGAGCUCAUCAGACCUACUCAUUGGAGCUGUGGGAUUUGACUUUCAUUUUCUUUUCCCAUGAGGCCACCAAAACCACAGAUCAGUUCCAUAAUUCUUUCUUCUAGAUUCAGCUAAUGCCCUCAGGAAAAACUGGCUCUGAGUGCUGGGCUUUCCUAUUUGGGUUCUUGUCUUCUUGAAGAUUUUAGUCUCAUAGUUUCUUAGUGCUUAACAAAGAUACUUUCUUUGUACAUUUCAUCCAGUAAUUUUUAGUUGUCCUCAUUGGGGUGGUUAGUCCAAAUUACUAAGCCUGCCAUUACUGUAAGCAGAGGUGUUCACCACCCUCCUAACUUCUCUCCUUGUCACCAAUCUCUCUUUCUUCCAGUUUCUCCUCUAGAAAGUAACUGAAAGUUUCUUCCUGAUGGUGUUAUUUUCCUGCACAAAUCCUCCAAAAGCUUGCUGCUAAAUGUAAAUUAGAAAUCAAAUUCCUCAGUUUGGACAAGCAGAUCGAAAAUGCUCUUUCUGAGAAAGUACUGUAUAGCGCAGGGAACUCUGCUCAAUACACUGUGGUGACCGAAAUGGAAAGGAAUUCUAAAAUAGAGGGGUAACUGAUUCACUUUGUUAUACAGCAGAAGCGGCUAUAACAUUGUAAAGCAACUCUACUCCAAUAAAAAUUAACUUAAAAAUAAAAGAAGAGAUGUGGAUGGAAAGUGGAGUAUGUGGAGUAGAUUAUGGAGAGAAAACAUGAAGAAACGUUCUCUGCCAGUUACUGAGAAGUCUGAAAUUUUUAAAGUAAGAAAAUGAUGUGAUUUUAUUUGGAUUUAGACAUGGCACUUUACUGGCAGUAUGGAAAUUGUGUAAGUGUCAUAAAUAGAAUGUCUGCAUCCCCCCAAAAUCUGUAUGUUGACAUCUUAAUUCCCAAGGCAAUGGUAUUAGACGGUGGAGUGUAUGGGAGGGGCCUAGGUCAUAAGGGUGGAGUCCUCACGAAUGUGAUUAGCGCCUUAUUUAAGAGGGUCCAGAGAGAUACUCUGCCCCUUCUGCCAAGUGAGGACAUAGUGAAAAGUUGGCAUUUAAGAUCCAGGAAGUGGACUUCAGGAGACACCAAAUCUACUGGUGCCUUGAUCUUGGAUAAACCGGCUUCUAGGACUGUGAAAAAUAAAUGUUUGCUGUUUAUAAAAUAAAGCAUUCUUUCUUAGCUUCAUUUA